ACCAAAGAAUUCAUCUCACUGCCUUCAGGAAGUGCACAAGUUGUUUCGAAGCAGACUGAGAACAACAUCAACAUCUAAAGUAGGAGAUUUAACUGUGUUAUCUGCGAUGGCUGAACCCAGAAUAUCUUCCAUUGAUGGGAAGUUAGCUGAAGAAUUUGCCGUUCCCUCCCAUGUCGAGGAGGUCAAAGAGAAGAUGGCUGCUUUCGCCAAGCAUCAUGCUGCGGCAGGUCGCCUGGUGGUUCUCAUCACAUCAGGAGGCACCAAGGUUCCCCUCGAGUCCCGCACUGUUCGCUUCCUCGAUAACUUCAGCAGCGGCAGACGAGGAGCCUCCUCAGCAGAGUAUUUCAUAGACUCCGGCUACGCAGUCAUCUUCCUUCACAGGCAUCGCUCCCUCUACCCCUACACACGCAUGUUCUCAACCAUUAACAUGCUGGAUGCCCUCAGUUUUAAAGGGGGAGAGGGGGAAUCUGGAAACUCUGACGUGGUGGUUAACCAGCAGGUGCUUCCCAACAUCGCCAAAGCACUUAGGCAAUACCAGGAAGUGAAAGAAAGCAAACUCCUUCUGCCCGUUGAGUUCAGCACUCUGUCAGAGUAUCUGCAUCUACUCAAAGCAGCAGCGCAGGCACUCAGCACAAUAGGGUCCAAGGCCAUGUUUUAUUUGGCUGCAGCUGUGUCGGACUUUUACAUCCCAGCAUCUGAGAUGCCUGAACACAAAAUCCAGUCUUCCAAUGGACCUCUUCAACUCAGCAUGAACAUGGUCCCGAAGAUACUGUCCCCGCUGGUGAAGGACUGGGCACCUCAGGCCUUUGUCAUAUCUUUUAAGCUGGAGACAGACGCAACCAUCCUGCUGGACAAGGCUCGACGGGCUCUGGACACGUACAGGCACCAGGCGGUCGUGGCCAACGUGCUGGACUCUAGACGAGGUUACGUGGUGGUGGUGACCCCCGAGACUCAGGCUGAGCUGAUCCUCACAGAGGAGGAUGUAAAGAAUGAGGUGGAGAUAGAGGAGAGGAUAGUGAGCAACCUGACGUCGGCACACAAUAAGUUCAUAACACAAGCGGUUUGACAGGAUUCAUCAUGUUGACGCAGCUGUAAGUUGUGUCUCUGCUCUUACCUGAUCCUGAGUUUCGCUUCAUAUUUGCCUGUUCUGCUGAAAAGAUACUGUAUAUUCAGUAUGUUCCAUAACCUUGGUAAUAACUGUAACUGCAAACACGUCAUGCCUUCCCUUGUCCUUUACACGUGCUCUGAAAACGGGCCUUUAAGCUUAUAAUGGUGUGUCUAUACAGGGACAAUAUGCAAGUUAUUGAAAGUUUGUAAAAUGUUUAUUCACUCUGCGCAGCAAUCUAAAACAGAAACAUUUUCAUGAUUUUUCUACAACUGACUGACAGUUCAAUAAUUCAGUGAUAUGCUUUACUACACACCUAUAAUAAACAGUUCCAAGUA